CAUAUGCCUAGCUUUGCUUGUUUCAUGGGGCAAAACCAAAUGCGAUAGGGCUUACCCCAGAAGAGAGAUGAGCACAACCCUAGAUGUGACCGAGUCUUAGGAUUCAGGUGUCCUACUUCGUGAAGUCUCUUCUUCCCUUCUUUCUUCCUCUCACGUUUAUAAAGAGAAACCCAACCCAGAUCCACAUAGAUCUGUCAGCACUUGUUCUAUUUUUGUUCAGAGAUUUCUAUUUGCAGUUGUCAGAAAUCAGCAUGAACGAUCCCAAGUAUGCAUAUCCAUAUCCUUCUCAAGCCCCUUAUCAAGGGCAUCCGGUGAUGGCGCCACCGCAGUACGCGCCGCCGCAGUAUGCCCCUCCACAGUACGCGCCUCCUCCGCCCCCACCCGCACAGAAAGAACGCAGCUUUAUCGAUGGAUGCCUUGCAGCUCUGUGUUGUUGCUGUCUCUUGGAUGAGUGCUGUUGCGACCCGUCCAUCAUAUGCAUGUGCUAGCAUCGCGCCGGUGGCUGGUCGUAGACCACAAGAGCAGCAUCAUUUCAAACAUUCAUUUCAAUCUACUAUUUGUUCCAUGCUCUGUGUACUUUGCUAAUAUGUAGUCUAGCCCUUUAACUAAGCCCUGCCGAUCGGCUUCUCGCGUACACUUCCGGACGUGAAAUUUAGGCCCGCGAUCAUUAUGUUACGGAACGAAGGAGGAUUUGUGAUGACCGAUCGAUACCGAUUGAUGGAGAACGGAAUUGUACCGCGUGAUGGCUAAUCUUUAAUUAUUGUGGAAUCCAUUAUUUGUCCACGCAA